AAUUCCGGCCUCCAGGAGCCAGUUUAAGAAAAAGUGACUUUGCUGAGCACUGCCAGCUAAGAUGGGAAUGAUGAGAGAUGGGCGUGCGAUUGAGUGUAGGGCUUCCCGGGCGCACGUGGGAAACUCCAAAAGGGGGCGGGGCUUAGGGCUGUUGCAGCCAAGGGAGGCGGGUUCCACCGAGGGUCGGUUCGUGUGUCGGGGCCCGUCUCGGCUUGCGCGUGCGCAAUGCGAACCUCGCCCUGCGCUGCUUUGUGCUGCAACAUGGAAUUCCGCUCCGCGCAGCGAGCAAUCCUGCAGCUGCUCCGUAGGGUGGCUCCGGCGGACCUCGCAGCGCUGCUCGAGUGGAUGCGAACUACCCGAGAUUUUGAUGAAUUCACUCAAGAUAAUAAUGACAUUAUGUUGAAAAACAUAGCAGAAGACCUUCGGAAUUCCUUACCUCUAGACACCAUGCUUUCCUCAGAACAUCUAGCCCUCCAAAAAAUACAGCAGCAGCCGGAACCCACAGUUCACGUUGAUGCAUUCCUUUAUGAUGAAGACUUUAUUGAUUCAUUAUGUGAGGAAGGAAAAAUGAGCAGAAACUACUGUAUGGUGUGUGGCUCACACCAGACGGCACCUUUAGGAUUUAUUUCUCACUCCUUCUCUCUCAUGGAAUUGAAGUUCAUUUAUCAGCACGUACUCCCUGAUCUGUCGGGAAAGGUCUUGGUUGACGUUGGCUCCAGGCUUGGCACAGUCCUUUAUGGGGGUUAUCUUUACAGUUCAGCAUUGCAACUAUAUGGAGUAGAAUUGAAUGGAGACUUUUGCCAGUUGCAGGAAAUGGUCAUAAAAAAAUACCAGUUCACUGACAGAAUAAAGGUGCUUCAUGCAGACAUCUGUACCCAGGGUUCCCUUCUGCAAAAUGCUGACGUGAUUAUAAUGAAUAAUGUCUUCGAAUAUUUUCUUGAUGAGGCAGAACAGGCCAGAGCCUGGGAGUAUAUCAGCCGUCAUGUAAGGAAACAAGGAUCAUUAUUAGUAACAGUACCAAGUCUUGAAGAUUCUCUCUCAGGUCUUCAGGUUAAUAUACAGUUAUCUCCCUGGGUUGAAGAGGUACCGCUGAACUAUGAUGUGUACUCGGAAAAGGAUAUUGACAGGGAAGCUCUUGAACAAAUACAUUUAUAUAAGAUUCUCUAGCACUAAAAUAGUCCUACCUCAGUGUAAUGUUUUGUUGAGUAUAUUGCAAAAUAGUGAAAAAAAAACAUAACCCGAAAACCCUAACACAUAUUUAUGUUUACAUAUUUGUAAGUAGUUAUAUAUGUACAUAUACAACUUUGUUAGCUUUGUGUGAUAAUUUGAUUAAAAUAUUU